GUGGCGAGCACGUGUUUCUUCUUCUUCUUCCUUAGUUCUCAAGCGGACGGGCAGAGUAGAUGCAAACGCAGAUCUGUUUUCCUACAAUGUCAUCUCCCACCCGAUGAACCUCACACCCAACCAACCAUCGGAAUCGGAAUCAGUAAUCGGAAUCUCUCCUCGAUAUAACUCACUGAAGUGAAACUAGCAGUGCUUUCGACCGAGGAUGGCGGCUUUCAUGGCGGCCUUAGAGUCUGAUCUCAGAGCUCUUUCUGCGGAGGCUCGCCGCCGUUAUCCUUCCGUCAAAGACGCCGCCGAACAUGCAAUUUUGAAGCUUCGAUCGCUGGCGAGUCCGGACGAGAUUGCUCAUAACGAGGACAUAGUGAAGAUAUUUGUAAUGGCUUGUGAAGUUAGGAAUGUUAAGCUAAGUGCGAUUGGUCUCUCAUGUCUGCAAAAGCUUAUUUCUCACGAUGCUAUUCCCCCUUCUGCUUUGAAUGAAAUUCUUGCUACCCUAAAAGAUCAUGGCGAGAUGGCAGAUGAGAGCAUUCAACUUAAAACCUUGCAAACUAUACUAGUAAUAUUUCAAUCUCAUUUGUUGCCAGAUAAUGAGGAGAACAUGACUCUUGCUCUUGGUAUCUGUCUUCGUCUCCUAGAAAACCAUAGGUCAUCCGACAGUGUUAGAAACACAGCUGCAGCAACCUUCAGGCAAGCAGUGGCACUGAUAUUUGAUCAUGUUGUUAGCUCAGAGUCACUGCCUGCUGGCAGAUUUGGCUCUGGAGGAUAUGUUUCUCGGACAAAUUCUGUUACUAAUGAUGUCAAUCGCAACAUAAAACGCCUAGAGUCACUGGAGUUGGAAGUUGUUUCUGGAGGGUCAUCAUUAAGAAGGACUACUCUUUCCAAUUCGGGGAAGCUUGGCCUUAUCUUGCUUGAGGACUUGACAACUCUUGCUGCAGGUGGAUCUGCUACCUGGCUACAUGUUGGUUCCAUUCAACGGUCAUUUGCACUUGAUUUAAUUGAGUUUGUAUUAUCUAAUUAUGUGGUGCUCUUCAGGACCUUAAUCCCUUUUGAACAGGUUCAGCGUCACCAACUAUGCUCACUUCUCAUUACAUCACUUCGCACUAACUCUGAGAUUGAAGGUGAAAUAGGAGAGCCUUAUUAUCGCCGCCUGGUCUUGCGGUGUGUAGCCCAUAUCAUCCGACUUUAUAGUUCAUCUCUUACUACUGAAUCUGAGGUGUUUCUCAAUAUGCUAUUGAGGACUCUAUCUCUUGAUUUACCACUUUGGCAUCGGAUUCUUGUACUUGAAAUCCUGAGGGGCUUUUGUGUAGAAGCACGCACCUUGCGCAUUCUUUUUCAGAAUUUCGACCUACAUCCUAACAACUCAAAUGUGGUUGAGGGAAUGAUAAAAGCUCUUGCAAGAGUUGUCUCCAGUGUGCAGUAUCUUGAAACUGGUGAGGAGAGCCUUGCAGCUGUUGCUGGAAUGUUUAGCAGUAAAGCCAAAGGUAUUGAAUGGAGCUUGGACAACGAUGCAUCAAAUGCAACUGUCUUGGUUGCAAGUGAAGCACAUGCUAUUACGUUGGCAAUUGAGGGUCUACUGGGGGUAGUUUUUGCUAUUGCCACCUUAACUGAUGAGGCAGUGGAUGAUGGUGAGCUUGAAUCCCCCAGAUGUGAUAUAGAUCCACCCAAAUGUACUGGAGUAACUGCAACUCUUUGUAUGUCAAUGGUUGAUUCAACGUGGUUAACAAUCUUAGAUGCUCUGUCGUUGAUUCUGAUGAAGUCUCAAGGAGAAGCUAUUAUACUGGAGAUCUUGAAAGGAUACCAAGCAUUUACUCAGGCAUGUGGAGUUCUCCGUGCUGUCGAACCUUUAAAUUCAUUUCUUGCAUCCCUUUGCAAGUUCACUAUUUAUAUGCCCAAUGAAGCUGAAAGGAAAGGCGUAGCUCUAUCCCCUGUGCAAAAACGUGUUGAGCAGUUUAUUGACCCAAAGGAAGGCAUUAUUCUUACACCAAAAAAUGUUCAGGCUCUGAGGACUCUCUUCAACAUUGCUCACAGAUUGCAGAAUGUAUUGGGCCCUUCAUGGGUUCUGGUGUUGGAAACUCUAUCUGCCCUUGACCGAGCAAUUAAUUCUCCACAUGCAGCAACACAGGAGGUUUCUGCUGCUGUGCCCAAGUUAACCAGAGAUUCAUCUGGGCAAUAUAGUGAUUUUAAUGUCCUCUCUUCACUGAAUUCUCAGCUUUUUGAGAGCUCGGGUAUGAUGCAUGUGUCAGCUGUUCGAUCAAUUCUUUCUGCUCUGCGCCAGUUGUCACGUCAGUGUAUGGCAGCAACUUUGAGUAGUACUGGGCAGGCAUCAAAUCAGAAGCUUGGAAGCAUUAGUUUCUCCAUAGAGAGAAUAAUAUCUGUCCUCGUAAAUAACCUUCACAGAGUGGAAUCAUUGUGGGAUGAGGUUGUUGGUGAUUUCAUUGAGCUUGCUGAUAGUCCCAAUCCACAGCUACAAAAUAUGGCCCUUGAUGCAUUGGAUAAAUCUAUAUGCGCAGUCUUAGGUUCGGACAGAUUUCUGGAUAAUACAUCGAAAACUGUUGAUGUAUCAAAUGAUAUUAGUGAUCUAUCAAAGUUGAGUUCCUUGGAAUGUGCUGUCAUCUCUCCAUUGAAUGAUCUCUACUCUCAAUCCCAAAGUUUUGAUGUUCGUGCUGGAGCUCUGAAGAUUCUUCUGCAUGUUUUAGAGAGAUGUGGAGAGAAAUUGCAUUACAGUUGGCCAAAUAUUCUUGAAAUGUUAAGGAAUGUAGCUCAUGCAUCAGAGAAGGAACUCAUCACACUUGGAUUCCAGAGCCUUCGUGUGAUUAUGAAUGAUGGGCUGCCCACUAUACCUGCUCACUGCCUCCAUGAAUGUAUUGAUGUAGCUGGGGCGUACAGCUCUCAAAAGACUGAACUGAAUAUAAGUCUAACAGCCAUAGGUCUAUUAUGGGCUGCUACUGAUUUCAUUGUAAAGGGUCUCAUUCCUUGGACUAAAGAAGGACUGGAAACAGAUCAAAAAGAUCAUGUGAUGAAGGAAGAGCCAGUCCUGGAUUCUUCUCAGGAGAAAUUUACUGACACCAGAUUGUCAAGUAUUGUUGAACGUGACAAGUUGCUAUCCUCUGUUUUCUCUUUGCUUCAUAAGCUGGGAACUGAUGAUAGACCCGAGGUUAGGAACUCAGCAAUAAGGAUGCUUUUCCAAACUCUUGGAAGUCAUGGACAAAAGCUUUCCAAAAGCAUGUGGGAUGAUUGUCUCUGGAAUUAUGUGUUCCCAACUCUAGAUCAUGCAUCCCACUUGGCUGCAACCUCGUCUAAAGAUGAAAGGCAGGGUAAAGAACUUGGAACUAGUCAAGGAAAAGCAGUUCAUAUGCUUAUACAUCACAGCCGAAAUACAGUUCAAAAGCAAUGGGAUGAGACCCUUGUGCUGGUGUUGGGUGGGAUAGCCCGUAUUUUACGAUCAUUCUUUCCAUUCCUUAGAAGUUUAAUAAAUUUCCAGUCAGGAUGGGAAUCAUUACUUGUCUUUGUCAAGAAUAGCAUUUUAAAUGGCAGUAAAGAAGUUGCCCUUGCUGCAAUAAAUUGCUUGCAAUCAACUGUAGUUUCUCAUUCUCCAAAGGGAAAUCUUCCAAUAGCAUAUAUUCAUUCUAUACUUACUAUAUAUGAGGAUGUUCUCCGAAAUUCAAUGAUUGACAACCAUCAUCUCCAAGCAAAAGUGAAGCAGGAGAUUUUACAUAGUCUUGGAGAAUUAUACUCACAAGCUCAAAUGAUGUUCGACACUGAAAUGUAUAAGCAGUUGAUAUCGCUUGUGGAUUCAGCCAUUAAAGAGGCCAGGAUGGCCGAAAAUAGCUAUGAAGCAGAAUAUGGUCAUGUAUCACCUUUGCAACGGACUAUACUUGAUAUCAUACCGCUAUUACGUCCAGCAGUACACCUUAAUUCCAUGUGGAGUCUCCUUCUCAACAAUUUAUUGUAUUUUCUUCCACCAGCGGAACCCUUUUUGGAUGACUACAAAGAGGAUUCCAGUUCCUUCGGUAAUACUCAUGGUUCUUCAACAGCCGAGACACUCACAAAGGCCAGCAACUCGUGUAAUGUGUUUGCAGAGAAACUUGUACCUGUGCUAACUGGUCUCUUUUUGGUAGCACCAGUUCCAGAAAAGUACAAAAUUUUACCGAAUGUUAUUCAAAGUCUGGGAAGGUGUAUGACAACUAGAAGAGAUGACCCCGAUGGCAGGCUUUGGAGAGUAGCAGUUGAUGGUUUUCAGCGUAUUCUGGUUGAUGAUAUUAGAAACAUGAACCCAAUAUCUGGAGCCGAACCAACCAUCACUCGAGUUUUAAGAAUACAUGUCUGGAAAGAAGUGGCUGAUGUGUAUGAAGUGUUUUUAGUAGGGCACUGUGGUCGCGCGCUACCAUCCAAUUCACUGUCAGCAACUGCUCAUAAGACUGAUGAGUCUCUUGAAAUGAACAUUUUAGAUGUCCUGGGAGACAAAAUUCUUGCAUCAGAGACUGAUAUACCUCUUGAGAUUUUACAGAGACUGAUAUCUACCCUUGAUCGAUGUGCAUCACGUACUUGCUAUUUGCCACUAGAAACUGUCGAGCUGCUGCCUCCCCACUGCAGCAGAUUCUCUUUGACAUGCUUGCAGAAAUUAUUUUCUUUGGGCAGCUUUGAGGGAAGUCAUUGGAGUUCGGCGAGAUCAGAAGCUAGCAAAAUUGCAAUUUUGACUCUGAUUUCAAGAUGUGACUCUAUUUUAAAAAAAUAUUUGGCGGAUGAGAUUGACUUGGGUGACCGUUCCUUGCCUCACGCCAGAAUGGAAGAAGUCAUAUUUGUACUCCAAGAGCUUGCCCGUCUUUUGAUACAUCAAGAAACAGCAGAAUCCCUUCCUUUGUCUCCUAAAUUAAAGGAGAGCGUGUACGAGGAGGAUCUGGGAAGACGUUCUCAUUUGCUGGUUCUAUAUCCUUCUCUUUGUGAGCUUGUUCUAUCAAGAGAGCCGAGAGUUAGAGGUCUCGUGCAAGUUUUGCUUCGUCUGGUUGCCUCGGAAUUAGGGUUGCAAAAGCUUGAAUCGACUGCUUGAGCAUCGGUUGCAUACUGUCAGUGAUCUCUCUUAGUUUUUCAUCGGUUUCUCGACGCCUUUUAAGGUGACCUUCUCCUCUCUUUCCAUCUUCAGCAUUAGAAAUAUUGUUGUGAAAUGGUGCCAUUGUGAUGCUUAUGGAUUUCUGUUUCCUGUUA